AUGGAAAAUAAAACUUGUGAAACUUCAGUAGAUGAAAAGAAUAGCCCGGAUCGCGAGCUUAAUUCUGAUGAAAAUACCAGAGGAAAUCAUGAGCUUUAUGCUUCAGAAAUAAGGAAACUUGAGCAAACUAUAAAAAUCAAAGAUGCGAAAAUUAUGGAACUAGAGGAUCUUUUGAAGUUUGAAAAAAGCAAUAAGAAAUCGACGAUUGAUAAAUUCGAUCUCGAAAUUUCAAAUCUAAACAACGAAAUAUCUAGGCUUAAAUCAAAUCAGCACUCCUUAAGAUUGGAGUCUCAAACAUGGCAAGCAAAAUUCAGCUCCUUAGAGCAAGAAAAUUUAAAAAUCCAAGACACACUAAAUAUUUUCCUCGACAAAAACAAAAAUCUUGAAGAGGAGGUAAAAGCUUACCAAAAAUCGUUAAUCAUAAAAGAUAAAGAAAUUGAUCGGCUCUAUAAAGAGCAAGAACAUAUAAGAGAAGAGUCUUUGCAUGCUAGCGCUAUGGAAAUAAAGGAUUUAAAGAACAAAAAUGAGCAUUUGUCUUGCAAAGUGACAUCUCUCAGGAACUCAAUCGCUUUACUAAAGGGUGCACUGAGCACGGCUGAAGAAAAUGCCAAAGAAAAAUCAAAAUCACUACAAAAAUGCAUUGAAAAGCUGGAGAGCGAGAAAAAUCAAAUGGCAAAAGAAAUAGUUAUCCUCAGUGCAGAGCUUGAAGAAAUUCAAGAACAAGUUAAAUUAAACGUCUGAAGGUCUUCCUUAUUGAUGCCUCAGCACGCUUGCGACCACCGGACUCUUACUUGCCGGAUUAGGAAGAUCUCUUGAUGAUGUGCGUCUUGAGGGUUCUAUGGAGGUAAAGGCCAGCCAAAUACCUCCUCUAGGCCACUUGAGAGGAAGUGAGACACCCAAGAUAAAAGAAUCACAGCCCUCUUGAAUUGGCAGGGAAAGAACCCAUGGCCCAAAAACCCAUCCGGAUAAUCAAUAUCUGGACUGGAAUGGCCGCCAGCUGACUUCAAGGUCGCCCACCCCAUAAGUCCGCCAUACAGCAAACUUAGGGAUAGAAUCAAAGGGCCUGAACCUUGGCUUAGGCUAUAAAGCAACUUUUGCGCCAAAAAUGGUGCGUCGUCGACAAGGAUAUAUAUUUUUUGUCGCCACCACCUAUUAAUUAUUCAAGAAAGAACAAGAAACUCAAUGAUUCGGCAAGCGUCAGAAGAGAAAUUGAAGCUUGCCAAUGAAUACUCAAAUCGAAUUAUGCAGCUGAUGUCUCCAAGAGAAAAAUCACACAGCCUUUCAUUGGAGUUCGAUGAGGAGAGAUUUAGCCAUUUACCUUGUCUGGAGGAUGAAUUAAAAGAAUUAGAAGAAAAUGCGCCUGCUCAAAAAACUGGUUUUCAUUUUAAUUCAGUUGACAGAGAUGCUGAAACUAAAAAACUUAUGCAAGAAAAAAUAGAAAUGCAAGCUGAAAUUAAUAAUUUGAGGAGACAAUUAGAAGGGACAGGCAGUGUGGGAAGUGCAACUCCAAUCCUAUAUCAAAAAGAAUUGGAAAAUAUACAAGCCUACGUUGAAUCUGCAAAAAUGCGAUGUAGAAACGCAGAAAUUAAGAGAGAGAAUUUACGGAAACAAAUUAUGCACAUUCGAAGUCAGUCUAAUUUAUUAAAAUAG